GGUCUCGGCUUACUGGAACACAGGUGGCUCUAUUCGCCACCAUGAUCAAAUUGCCUAUUCCCUUUUGAACGUGGAAGCUAUUCUUGACCCUUGUGCCCUUUGGGCCAUUUAGGUCCCGUUUUCAUUUAUCGAUCUUUGACAUCGUCCACACACCGUUUCAACCCUCCUAUCACUUCCUUGUUGCCAUGGGCAGUAUCCCAGUCUACCGGCAGAACUCAACCACUCUCGACUGGGAAGUCGUCUCGUCGUACGACAGCGAUGACUGCGAGAACCGUAGUGACGGCAUACCAGUGGUUCCAGAUGGUGGAGCCCUGAGGCUCUAUGACGGAAGUCACCAGUACCAGCGUCACGGCCACGUUGCGCACAGUUACAGAGACCAUCCUGUAGAUCCACGAUUCGCACAAGGCGAACAACCAGUGGAAGGCCCAAGCUUCGUUGUUUCCCGUCUCUCCCCGUAUCCACCCCCAGGCACGAUUGUGCCAACAACUAUCGUGACUGUCCCUUCCGUGGACACAUACAACAAAAUGCAGGAAAGCAUGCACCGUGGGCGACGCAGCCCGCAUCCUGGUCCUGUGAUGCCGGAGCUACACUCUCCCCUGCCGACUCCGCCGCCACCUCCGUAUAUCCAUACACCCCGCCCUUCGCGGAUGUCGACACCCGUACCUGUACCGACGCCCAUUCUACACCCUCCCCACGCUGAGCGAUACCGUGAGGGUACACCUGUUCCCCCAAUGCGUUAUUGCGAGUACUCGCCUAUCCCCGACGGGACCGGAUAUCCCUCGCGGACCAGUCCCGUGCAUGAAGUAGCCGACCAUCAUCAUCACUAUAGCGAGCCGCGAUCGCACUACCCAAGUGAGGAUCGUGCCUUGUACCACAAUGCGCAGCACGGUUCACGGUACUCGUCGUCGUCGUCCUACCAGCGACGAUCGCGGUCUGGUGAUCGGGCCUCGAGCAGCAGCAGCAGGUGCACAUCUAGAUCUCCAGCAAGGGUUCCGCCUCAUGCUCAGGUCGGAAACCACAACAUGCUGGCUGUACCGAUUCAGACUGCGUACGGAUGGUAGGGGAUGCCGAUGCGGUACAUAGUAUAGGAAGCC